UUUCCAUCCACUUUUCAUAGUCCAACAAGAACUCAGAGUCUAGACCUGACCACGGACGAUAAGCCUAUGAGCCGAUCUAAUAACAAGAGGGGAAAGGUAAAUACAUCUUCCUACUACAACGUUAACCCAUAGCCAUGGAGGUCUCUUACAGCUUUUCACUUCUUCCCCGAGACAUCCUUUUCCAGAUUCUGGUUCGACUCGGCGCUAAAUCUCGUGGGAAGCUAAGCUGCGUUUCUAAAUCUUUCCGUUCCAUAUUGACCGAUCCAAGUUUCGCCGAGUUUCAAAGAAAUUUGUCUGCGGCUCUUAACCACGGCACAACCAUUCUCUUCUCCAUUCAGUCUAAGAUUAUGACGGGUUAUCACGACUCAACCGGGCCCCUCAUGCUCGACUCCGGGCGAGAGCAGUUUUACACCUUAAAUUAUGAAGAAAAUCAGGCCGGAGAGAUCCUUCGAGCAAAAAUUGUUAGGCCUACGGGCAAAGGAUGGUUCCAAUAUGGCAGAUCUAUGUCUUUUGCCAAAGAUCAAAUAUGUUUCUUCAAUAAACAUUCCGAAUUGAUUGUUUUUAACCUUAUCACAGGAAAACAUACUAUUCUCCCGACAACUCCGUCCAGCAGCGCACAAGAACGUGCGCUGUUGGGUUACGACGGGGUUUCGGGAACAUACAAGGUUUUGAAAGCAGAAGCGAACCUUAACUUGAGGACAAUGAACUGCUGGGUGCUCACACUGGGCGUGGACGAAACGUGGCGGGAUAUUGUCAGCCCUGUAUUCUUUCACAUUAGUAGACGUUUCACGAAUAGUGUUUGCAUUAAAGGUGUGAUCUAUUUCUACAAUGAGCUGCUUUGUCGUUCGGGCAAGUGGGAGUAUCUGUUUGGCGGCGAAUGCUCCGAGCUGGUGGCAUUCGAUGUUAGGUCUGAGAGUUUCCACCAGAUUUCUCUUCCUCCGGCAACAUUCACAUAUUUCAGAAAAGCCUCGUGGGUAGAAUUGGACGGGCGGUUUGCUUUCAUGUAUGUCAACUGGAACAAGCAGGUUAUUGCUUGGAGCUUGGAGACAUCUUCCUGGAGGAAGUAUGCUUUCCCCAUCCCAUUAGAGGAAGGGAUUCUGGAGGGAGACAAGACUUUUAUUACUGCUACUCCAACUGGGGAAAUCGCAUUGCUGAUCCUGCAAGGAACACUAUCUCUUUGGGUUUUGGCUGAUAAGUUCGGGGCAGAUCCUGUUUGGAAGGAAUUUCGAGUUAGGGGGCUUGCUGACUUUACUACCGGUAUUCGCAAAACAUCCGAAGUUGUCGUUGCUCAAAACAUUGGUGGGAAUCUGUUGCACUUGGAAUGAUCUUGCCGGCAAUGCAAUGCUAUACUGGAACACACUAACAAACCCGGGGUACGGUCAAGAUAUACUGAAGUUCCAUGGGAAGCAAUUAGCAAAACUUUGGCUCGGAAGUCAUAAACUUGAGCAGAGAGAUUUUUUAGAGAGAAAGAAGCAGCGAUGGAUUGAGG